CUGCAAAAAGACAGAGUCACACAAAGCCAAAGUAACUCUGUCUGUCUGUCUGUCCGUCUGAACUCUUCGAAACCUCCGACGAUCCAAAUCAAAGCUAUGGCGAGCCUAUGGCGGGCCGCGACAGCGCUAACGGAGAAACCGAACGACUACGACGGCGUCGAAUUCUGGUCGAAUCCGGAACGAACCGGCUGGUUGACGAAGCAAGGCGAGUACAUAAAGACCUGGCGUCGCCGGUGGUUCGUUUUGAAACAAGGGAAGCUGUUCUGGUUCAAGGAAUCGACUAUCACACGCGGUUCUCGUCCACGUGGCGUGAUCCCGGUGGCUUCCUGUUUAACCGUGAAGGGAGCCGAAGAUAUUCUGAACAAGCAGUACGCUUUCGAGCUCUCGACGAGGAACGAGACCAUGUAUUUCAUUGCGGAUUCGGAGAAAGAGAAGGAAGAUUGGAUCAACUCGAUCGGACGGUCCAUAGUGCAGCACUCUAGAUCAGUCACCGAUUCCGAGAUCGUUGAUUAUGAUAGCAAGCGGUGAUGAUCUUACGGUCAGAUCCAUUUUUUUCUUUUUCUAAAUUGAAAUUUGUGUAAUUGAGCACGUUUUGUAAUCUGGUGUUUGUAAAUUUGCUUUCUUUUUUAUAUAAAGUUUGUGCUUUUCUGAGUUAAACUACUCUCCAUAUGUUUGGUAAUGAUCAGACUGUUAAUCGUGCUUUUUUGCUUUCUAAAGUUAAUUUUUUGUUCACUGAA